UCCUGGUGCUGACAGUCCCAUGCCCGCAGACUGGCAGCAGGGGCAGCAGCUGCAGCAGGCAUCCCGCGCCCACGCGGCCGAGCGCCACGGCCUGUGGCAGCAGACGGGUGCCCAGGAGCAGAAGCUGGGGCAGGCGCAUGCGGCGCUGGCACGGGCCCAGGAGGAGCUGGCACAAACCCGAGUGGAGCUGGCACAGGAGCAGGAGAAGGGGACCCGUAGCCAGAAGGAGCUGCAGGAGACCAGGACGGUGCUGCAGGAGACCCAGGUGGACCUGGAGCGGGCGCAGGAGCAGGCCAGAAACCUGCAGCAGCAGCUGGAUAAGACUGCGAGAGCCCUGGCCAGUUCCCGGCCCUGCCAGGUCACAGACUGCUGCCCGGAGAACUGGGUGCUGCACCAUGGGAAGUGCCUGUUCCUCUCCAAAGAGGAGCAAUUCUGGGAGCAAAGCAAACAGAGAUGUGAACAUGAAUCCUCCCAGCUCCUCAUCCUCCUGGACCAGGACCGAGACCAGACAAAGAUGCCGAGCUUCUUAACCAACACAGAUGUCUCGUACUGGAUUGGGCUCCAGAAGAGCAGGGGCCGGUGGAUGUGGAUCAAUAAGACUCCGUACCCAAACGGUUGGAAACUUAAAGGAAAUGGUAAUUAUGGAGUAAUUAGAAGGGGCAGUAUAGAAAGCUCAUACAAUCACAAGCACCACUGGGUAUGUGAGAAGCCGGCUAGCCGCCCACAGGAAGGCACAGAGGCUGUCCUUGCGGUGUGAAGAAAGGAGGCCCUCUCCCGCCGCUCCAGCAUGGCCGUGCCUGGCACGCUUCCCUCCCUGCUCCCUGCACGCAGCAUUGCCCACUCUCCUGGACCUGUCCCAGCCUGGCUGCCUCUGCCCAGACACCUCCACCUCCAGCACCUUCAUCCUGCCCGUCGUCCUGCAGCCCAGACCCACGCGGGCUUCCUCGUGCAGCGCAGCGCACUGCAGACUCCUCCAGGGUCUGGCACUUCCCGAGAUGCCCAGGUCCUUCCCCGCCGCGCUGCCCCCAGCUGCGUCUCAUCCACUCUGCCUGUGUCCGUGAUCCUUCCUCCCGAGGACAGCGCCGUGCAUGUUUCCAUACUGACCUGCAUCCUGUCAUCUCCAGCCCGGCUUUCCAGUCUGUCAAGAUCCAUCUGCGCUGCGCUGACGUCCUCCAGCGUGUUCACAGCCCUUCCCAGUGUCGUGUUAGAGCCGCGGGGCCGUGGAUGGACACGUUGAGCAGCCCCGGGCCCCAGACAGACCCCUGUGGGGCUCCGCUCGAGGCCUCCUGCCGUCCGGCCGUGGACCCGGUCAGAACGACUGACCCCUUUGCUGGCGGCGAUGAAGCCGGUUGUCUGCCCACCGUGCAGUAGCUUUGUGCAGCUCAUGCUGCUCUACUUAGUUUAUGAGGAGUCGUGCAGGGAUGUAACCGGGUUUAUCUCCGGGGAUGGCUGUAGUGCCCUGGAGUCCCCUCAGCCCUUAUCCAUUUUGUUUUGUUUGGGCACUUGCCCCUUCAUUCCCUGCCGCGCUGCAUGUCUCUCUCUUUUCGAUAAAAGGAGGCUGCUCCAGGGCUUCCGAAACGUGC